AGCUUAAGUACACAGUUUUCAAACAUGAAUACGAUUGCGUUGUGGUCGGAGCAGGGGGAGCAGGAUUGAGAGCUGCAUAUGGUUUGGUAGAACACGGAUUUAAAACUGCUUGUAUCACUAAAAUUUUUCCAACAAGAUCUCAUACUGUGGCGGCACAAGGAGGAAUCAAUGCGGCUUUAAGUCACACUGAGGAUGACUGUUGGCGGUGGCAUAAUUAUGAUACUGUUAAGGGUUCUGAUUGGCUCGGUGAUCAAGACGCCAUUCAUUUUAUGACCAAAGAUGCACCAAGAGCUGUUUUGGAGCUUGAAAAUAUUGGAUUGCCGUUUUCACGAAACAAAGACGGCCGAAUUUAUCAAAGAGCUUUUGGUGGCCAGUCUUUAAAAUAUGGAGAAGGAGGCCAAGCUCAUAGGACUGCCGCUGCAGCAGAUGCAACUGGUCAUUAUAUGUUACAUGCGCUUUAUGGACAAGCUGUAAAAUACAACUGCAAGUUUUUCGUUGAAUAUUUUGUAUUGGAUCUUUUAAUGAAAGAUAAAAAAUGUUAUGGAGUGUUGGCUUGGAAUUUGGAAAUGGGAACUUUACACAGAUUUUUUGCUAACCAUACUGUCAUCGCAACAGGUGGAAAUGAACGAGCAUAUUUUUCUUGUACAGCAGCACAUUCGUCGACCGGUGAUGGGACUGCAAUGGUAACUAGGGCUGGUCUUCCAUUACAAGAUUUAGAAUUCGUGCAAUUCCAUCCCACAGGAAUUUACGGAUGUGGCGUUUUAGUAACUGAAGGAGCGAGAGGCGAAGGAGGUUUUUUAUUAAACAGUAAAGGAGAACGGUUCAUGGAGAAAUACGCUCCUAAAGCCAAAGAUCUCGCCUCAAGAGAUGUGGUGUCCCGCUCUAUGGCUAUGGAAAUUCUUGGAGGAAGAGGUUGUGGUCCUGAUAAAGAAUAUAUCCACUUACAAUUGAGUCAUUUACCUAAAGAAAAGAUUUUAAAGCAACUCCCUGGAAUAAAGCAGACUGCGUGGGAUUUUGCAGGUGUGGAUAUUUUAAAACAACCGAUACCCAUAGUACCGACUGUGCACUAUGCAAUGGGCGGAAUUCCUACGAAUUGGAAAGGACAAGUAAUAACACAAGUGGGACCAGAUAAAGACCAAAUCAUUCAAGGAUUGUAUGCCUGCGGUGAAUGCGCUUGUGUUUCAGUACACGGCGCAAAUAGGCUAGGAGCAAAUUCACUUUUAGAAACCGUGGUUUUCGGCAAAGCUGUAGCUGAUUGCAUUAAUAAGAUUAGUCGUCCUGGAUCAGAUGUUUCUAUAGAUGAGAGUUUAGGUGAAAAUUCAUUGCGAAAUUUUGAUAAUUUGAGAAAAGCACAUGGCAAGCAAACUGUUGGUCAACUAAGGUUGAAACUUCAAAGAACAAUGCAGAAACAUGCAGGAGUAUUUAGAACACAAGCACUUUUGGGAGAAGGAUGUAAACUCGUUUCAGGACUUUACAAAUGUCUCAGUGAUAUAAGGAUAUCAGAUCGUGGAUUAAUUUGGAAUACAGAUAUAGUGGAUGCGUUAGAAUUGCAAAAUUUAUUUAUUAACGCUCUACAAGCAAUUUACUCUAUGGAACAAAGAAAGGAAUCCAGAGGAGCUCAUGCUAGAGAUGAUUUUCCAAAAAGAUUAGAUGAGUUCGACUAUGCAAAACCUAUUAAAGGCCAGAAGAAAAAGGAAUUUGGGUGCCACUGGCGAAAACACACUUUAUCUUGGAUGAAUGUUAAUGACGGAAAGAUUUGCUUCACAUUUAGAAAAGUUAAUGAUUUUACUUUGAACGAGAAAGAAUGCCCGUUUAUUCCUCCUAAGGUGAGGGUAUAUUAAAGUAUUUUAAAAAUAUAUUGUAUAUUUAUAUAAUUUAUAUUUAUUAAUAAACAUUGUUUAUCCA